GAAAACCCCCUCGUCCCUUGGCACCGGAAGCGCUCCUCUCAUCACCCGGGCGGAAAACAUCUCAGUCUGUUUAUUUUUUAUGUAGAAAUACAGAAUUCAGCUUUCCAGCUGCUCCGCACUCGAUCAAGUCACAUCAUUCUCAAAGCAGCAAGGCGGAUAAGCAACAAAACUGGCCCCUCCACUACCUGUCACCAUGCCCGCUCUUCUGGAGAGACCCAAGCUGUCCAACGCGAUGGCCAGAGCCCUCCACAAACACAUCAUGAGGGAGAGAGAGCGCAAGAGACAAGAGGAGGAAGAGGUGGACAAAAUGAUGGAGCAAAAGAUGAAGGAGGAGGAAGAGAGGAAGAGAACAAAAGAAAUCGAGGAAAGGAUGUCUCUGGAGGAAACCAAAGAACAGGUGAUGAAGAUGGGAGAAAAACUUCAGGGACUUCAAGAGGAGAAGCACCAGCUCUUCUUACAGCUCAAGAAGGUUCUCCAUGAGGAGGAGAAGAGACGCAGGAAGGAGCAGAGGUAUGAUAUUACAACAUUGACCUCAGCAAGUUAUCAAUCCAGCCUGCCCAUGCACGCAGGGCAGCAUCUCCUCAGCAUUCAAGGCAGUCCCGUCAGCCACAGUCGACCUGGAGCGCUGCUCGGAGAACGGAGCAAACAGCUUUUCCCUGCUGCGGUGAUUCCAGCUCGUCACUAUCAGACACCCGGGUUCAGCUCGGGCUCAGCAGAGCACGGACAGUUCAGCGGAGGCCAGGGGGUCCAUGAGCCUUACGGGGUUUCCCAGUCUCAGCACCCUUCUACCUACGCCGCUGGACCAUCUGUGCCCGCCAGCUUCGCCAGCAGCUCUCAGAUCAGAGCAGGUGCAUCUGCGUUUCAGGCCAUGCCAUACCUCCCCCACCAGCAGCCUGGAUACCCUGUCCACAGUCACUUCACCUCCCAGCCUGGAUACAUUCCUGGAGCAGGAAUCCCUCUGCAGAAGCAGCUGGAACACGCCAACCAACAGUCAGGCUUCACUGAUGCAGGAGCUUUAAGGCCCAUGCAUCCACCAACUAUGCAUCCCUCUGCUACUGGACUGCUGCCCACACCAUCGAUGACGGUCCAGAUUCCUACCGCAAAGUCCCCGUUCCAGAGUUCUCCUCAGGGUGCUCCUCGUCACAGCUUCCUCCCUCACAGCCAAAGCGGGCAGAGGUUCUACCAUCAUGGCAAGUAACUCGGGACCACCGUCGUCCUCUUCAUCCCUCGGAUGUCACAGCCUCGCUCAAGAAUCUGGAGGUCCUCUGGGGCGAGUUUUCGUUUGACUCCUUCAAAAAAAAAUUUAAUUUGUGUUUUUUUUUUCUCUCCGACGUGUUCCAGAGAUCUGCAGCCCUCAUGUGCUUUUAAUUUUUAACCAACUUUACAUGAUGUUCAAUUGUAAAAUAGAUUAUUUUACCUACACUGUAAAGCCAUUCUGAUGGUGCUUAUGUACACUAAAAUGUUAAUAUCAUGUAUAAAGCGAGACUGCAUGAGCCAGAGAUUAUUCCUUGUAAAUGUUCAUCGUCAGGGCUGCAGCACUAAUAUUUACAUUUUGGUGCACGUGGAUAAAAUCAGCAUCACAGCACCGGUUCGUUUAAGGAAAGACUCUUUUAUUGAGUUGAAAAUUACGGAGCAUUUCCUUGUUUAUUUUUUGAAUUUUCUCUUAUAAAACAAUUACAAGUCUCUGCAGUUUAAAGCUCUUAGGUUGCUAAAUAAACAAAAAUGAAAAUACCGCAACCAACAA